AUGGCUUCAAUUCCAUUCUUCGUCUUCCUAGUUGCAGUAUUCUUGCUCAACCCAGCAUGCAUUUUAGACGGCCAUGCUGGGGCGAUUGGGCCGGAACAAGAACGGGAGAGUACUAGAAAGCACUUUGUCCUAGUUCAUGGUGCUAACCUUGGAGCAUGGUCCUGGUACAAGCUCAUCACCCUGCUCAAAUCCGACGGUCACCGUGUCACAGCCUUCGACCUUGCCGGAAAUGGAAGGAACCCAAGGCGGCUGGAUGAGGUGGCCUCCUUUUUUGAGUACGUGCAGCCAUUGACCGACUUCAUGGCUUCCCUGCCUGAUGGGGAGACGGUGGUCCUAGUUGGUCACAGUUAUGGUGGCAUUUGCAUUUCUCUAGCCAUGGAGAACUUCCCCAAGAAAAUCUCGGUUGCAGUUUUCGUCACCGCCUUCAUGCCGAAUUAUACCAAUCCACUAGCUACCGUUUUAGAAACAUAUUUCAACGCGACUUCGUCAGACACUUUCUUGGAUAGCAUAGUUGUAUAUGAUUCGAAUAAUCAGGUACUCUUUGGUCCAGAAUGCACUGAAACUAAGCUUUAUAAUGAUUCCCCAACAGAGGACGUUGAAUUAACUAAAACGUUACUGAGGCCAACCGGGCUUUACAUGGAUGACUUGAGCGAGCCUCUGCUGACACAGAAUAAUUUCGGGUCGGUCACUCGAGUUUUUAUAAUAGCUGAAGAUGAUCAAAUCCUGCCAGUGGAUUAUCAGAAAUAUAUGAUUGAAAAUAGUCCACCUAAAGAAGUGAAGUCCAUAAAUGGAUCCGACCAUAUGGUCAUGAGUUCAAAACCCGACGAGCUUUACCUUACUUUGCAGGAGAUUGCUGAUAAAUAUAAUUGA